UUUCCAUCAAACAACUCCGCGAUGCCAUAAACAAAAUUUUCGAAUUCUAUGUUUAUUUUGACAGAUGUACGAGUUUUUUGACAAUAUUUUACUCAAAUCAAGUAGUCUGUGAUAAUUUACAUUUGGAUCUAUAUAUUUUUUUGUAAGAGCGAAGAGCGGACAUACAAGUAUGGCUUUCAAUUUCGACAGCGGACAAUUUAACAAAGAGUCGACGCCAAAGCGUCUUGGCAACUGGGAAGUCCCACGUUGGGCGCCAAGUCGCGCCCGCCCAGUAGAAAUGCGGCCGAACCCGAAGCCGAUAUGCGACAUAAACGGACAUUUCCUACCCGGUGCUCCUCGAGGCACCUCACGUUGCUUUGGACACUAUACCGGUACUUGGGAUCUACCAAGGAAAAUAACGCGAAAAGUUGCUCAAGAAUUAGCUAAGGAGCCGCCCGACUCGAGAUUUUCAGAUUGGGUGAAUCCUCGUAUCCAAAGACCCAAGGCGGCUGCUGCGGCGGCGGCGCGCAUGCGCGGUGGCAAACGCGCCAAAGGGGAGAAGGAGGAGGUCCCAGCCAAACCGCAGCAAGAGCAGACCUUUAGACCACGGCAAUGUCCAUAUCACAGUCGCAAAUGCAAGACGGCGCACAAGUGACAACGUACAUAUUAUUAGAACAUACAUUUAUUUUUAUAGCAUUGUUUAUUUCUUA